CUGUUUUUAGAUUUUAAUUGCACAUUCAAAACCAGCGAGCUACCCAUGAUUCAUUGCGGCAGCAUCCCUGUGUACUUCUCUGGAUCUAAAACAUAAAUUACAGAAGCUAGCAGUGUUCAGUUGUAUGCUACACAGCUAGCUACUUUAGCUCGGGCUACUUAAACUGCAGUGUUGUGUGGUUUGUGUAUGUAACUCCGGCUCGCUGCCGUGUUACUGACAGUACUAUCUGCUGAGGGGUCUCUCCUCCUCUCACGCUCUCUGCUCCGUGUCUUCUUGACACACCUUUUGUUGUCUCGUCGAGCUGGAGUCAGCUAACGGCUGCUAGCGAGCAUCCCCCGCCGACCGCCCCACAGUGGAGAACACAAGUCGCGGGUAAAGAGUUGCCCUGAAGCCUGUGGGAGCCGACGCGUGACGGCCAACUACACACAAGGAUGAGUGCCGAUGAACGGAACCCAGCUGCAGUGGCUCAGCCGGUAGACGAUGCUCAAGGAGACGGACGGUGGAUGUCCCAGCACACAAGAUUUGUGCUGGAGUGUAAAGAUGGUGAGCCAGAAGUGCUUUUUGUGGGAGAUUCUAUGAUUCAGCUAAUGCAGCAGUUUGAGAUGUGGAGAGAGUUGUUCUCUCCUCUUCAUGCGCUCAACUUCGGCAUUGGAGGAGACACCACCUGCAACGUGCUGUGGAGGCUACAGAACGGAGAGCUGGAGAACAUCCAACCCAAGGUGGUGGUGUUGUGGGUAGGAACCAACAAUUACCAGCACACAGCAGAGCAAGUUGCAGGAGGGAUACUUGCUAUUGCGCAACUGCUCACAUCCUGCCUCCCAAAGGCAAAGAUAGUUGUCCUGGGUCUGCUGCCCCGGGGGGAGCGGCCCAACCCACUGAGGGUAAAGAAUGCUGCUGUUAACGAGUUCUUGCGGUCUUGGCUGCCACGUCUGGGCCGGGCUCAGUUUCUGGACGUGGGCAGGGAUUUUGUUCACUCUGAUGGAACCAUCGUCCCACAGGACAUGUUUGACUUCCUCCACCUGACGCCGUUAGGUUACCGCAAAGUGGCCAAGCCCCUCAGUUACCUUCUGCAUCAGAUGCUGGAUGAGACACCAGAGGAGAGGCGGGCAUCGCUGGUUUGAGGGCUGUCGUCGACAUCAACAUUUAUCCAGAGGCACAGCUCCACCCACUGCUGUGGGAGAAUUGGGGGAGGGGGGGGGGGGUGCCCCUGGUAUCUUGAGGAGGAAGGGCCCACUCACAGUGGAAGUAGUACCCCGAUGUGAGUGGGCCCAGGAGGGGUGUGGGAUGACCUCCAUGAGCGAAGGGUUGUUAUGGGGAGGUGAUAAGGAGGGAGAGACAGACCUCACUACAGACAUAGACACUGUGACCGCAGUAGUAAGCUCUAAUGCAAAAUUAUUCACCAAGGUCAGGCUACUCUGAACCAUAGACAGACAUACAGAGAUCAUAUCAGACUUUAUCUUGGCCUGUGGUAAAAAAUGAGCUCUUAUCUCUGUUCCCUUUUUCCACAGAGAAAUGAAACUAAACAGAGGAACACAAUCCAAUUUCUUCCCUUAUGUUUUGUUCGGUGUAUGCAAAACUGUAAGUUAGCAGUCUUGGUAUUAUAAUACGAGAAAUCCAGCACACAUCAAACAGUAGAAAUAACAUAAGAACAUAACCCAACAUUGUUUAAUGUUAUGAGUCUGGCCUGUUUACUAAAACGCAGAGGUUCCCAACCUGGUGGUCAGGCUGUCCUUAGAGAUGUCAAGAAAAUUCUUGAGGUGUCAAUUCUUUUUUUUUAUAUAUAUAUAUUUGUCCUUUGUUUUUACCUUUUUAAAUCAUGAUAACGUGGAUAUGUUCACCUCGUCAGGCUUUAAAAAAUCCAAUGAAAUUGGAGAUGUUCAAAUUACUGUUAGGGGGUCCACAAGUGAGUGGUUGGUAACCGAAACAGUACACAAAACAGUUUAAACAAAUUUACCAAUUCUUUAAAAUGGUCACUUUUGAAUUGAUGUGUAACUAUUUUAUUUUCUCCGCAAAUUGUUAAUCAAUGUAAAAUAGAUUAUAUUUGGAGAGACCACACACACACACACACAUACAGAUCACUACUUCAUCUCAUGUGACUUAAAAACCACAGCAGAACUAAAUGUUCACGUCAAACCUGAUGUCGGUGUUCACUGCAUGCAUGUUUUAAGGUGAGCCUCAGCUUCGGUGUUGAAAGUGGGCCGAUGCUUCAGUAUGUUAAAUGCAAUGUGCUUUAAUUAUUUAUGUACCUGAAUUGAGUGAAUGUCGGCCAAAAUCGUGUAUUCAUACAUAUCCAUCAGUGACGUUGCGCCAUGUCUCUACGUGGGUCUUCCAAACAACACUAAUCCUGUCACUUAAAUGCAGAGCUUCUAUUCAUAGAUUAACAUUUUACUACUUUUGUCCCAAAAAAUGGAUGACAUUAUUGAGUAGAAAAAAUAUCCUAACUUUAGGCCGUGAAAAUCUCAUGCUCCAGUGUAACAGCAUACUUGAUUUAAAUUUUAACAAAAGAGAAAGAAAUUCUGAAACAAACAAGUGGUUGUCACGUCAUCUUACAUUACUUUUCAUAUCACAAGCGAUACCUUAUGAAUACAGUUUGAUGUGUGACAUUCAUCUGUUUCUCCCCUUAAUAUGUCCAAAUGUUCAUAGUCCAACCCUCCCACCCGCUCUCUCUCUUUCUCUCUCUCGCCCUCCUCUCUGCUUGGAUAUACAGUAUUUUUUAUCAUAGAAACUCCUCUGCAUUCUGUUAAUCCCCCCCUCUUUAUUUCUGCCACUGGUUGUAAUCGUAGUGACUCCAGCCUCGCCACACUGCCACCUCACAUCUCCACCUUGUGUAACUAUUGAAUUAUUUUAAGGAGGAAAAGUGGGCUCUGAACAAAGUUAUAGUGAAUAUCGUCACGCUAAAGAGAAAUCACAGGUCAUGUAAAUAAAGUUUUUCGUCUGUGAGCUUCUUACCAUAGCUGUUCCUCCGUGGCUUCGGUUCUGUUGCCCGCGUCAAAUGCUACUUUUGUCUUAAGCUCUGCACAUUCACGUUCUGUGUAUAAUAUAAAUGGUGUAUGUGUGUGCCUUAUGUGUUUAUGGGGACAGUAUGUGUGCUCUUGGAUUGUGUAAGUUGGAUGUGCGAGUGUUAAGAAGCGACCCCACCGCUCCGGUUGUACAUAGGACGUGAGGCUUGAGAGAGUGAUGUGUUGAGAGGGUUUAGAUUGUGGGAGUCUGUGUUUUUUGGUGCAAUACACACUCUUUGCACUGUUUUGACUCGCUGUCACAUUAUUGUGUUAAAGCAUUCCAAUAAAAAAACAAAACAUAAUCUAA